GCGCUGAGCCAGAGGCUUGUCUGGAGGUCCCAGGGCAAGGACAUUUAGCCUACCAUGCUGUGCCUUCUUCUCUCCAGGCUGCCAGCUAGGAUUUUGGAGAAGCAGUUAUGGAGGCACAGCAGUCAGACCCCUUCCCCAUGUCUUAUUCAUAGACUUGACCACAUCGUGAUGACAGUAAAGAGUAUCAAAGACACCACCACGUUUUAUUCCAAGAUUCUAGGCAUGGAGAUCAUAACAUUCAAGGGAGAUAGGAAAGCAUUGUGUUUUGGAAACCAGAAAUUUAACCUUCAUGAAGUGGGAAAGGAAUUUGAACCCAAAGCAGCUCACCCAGUUCCUGGCUCCCUGGACAUAUGUCUGAUCACAGAGGUACCUUUGGAGGAAAUGGUCCAGCACCUCAAGGCUUGUAAUGUUCCCAUUGAGGAGGGUCCAGUCCCCAGAACUGGGGCAAAAGGGCCCAUUAUGUCCAUCUACUUCCGAGACCCUGACAGAAACCUGAUUGAGGUGUCCAACUAUAUUUCCUUGUGAUUGAAGCUGGCGCUCCAUUUCGUUCCCUGCAUUGUUGUCCUCUUCCUUCCUUCCUUCCUUCCUUCAAGACUCUCACCCAGACCCAGAGACCUCCAAGAACUGACAACUUAAGUACUUCCCACAUCCUGCUGGGGAGAUGUGUUUGGGACCAAAUCUACAAGACUGAAUGUUCUGCUUCUAAGCUG